AUGAAAUACAAGUUAUAUAAUGACAUUGUUUAUAAAGUUUUAGUAAUGAGAAAAAUUUAUGAAAUUGACUUUAAUAAACAGAAUUACUACUCUACAGAAUUAUAUGUAAAGAUAAAGUCAACUUUUAGGGAAAAAAAUAUAAAUGUUGAGAACAGAGUGCAAUUUUUUGAAAUUUAUUGUGCAUUUAACUGCCAUUGUUAUCUAAAGGGAUCGAAUGCACUCAAUUUAUUAUUCGAAAUGAAAGUGGAUUUGAGAGAAUAAAGUUUUAAGAAUCUAGGGAUUAGAGUUCUUUUGGUUGGUGGAAAUUUUUUAAGAUGCAAUUUCAGUGGAUCAGAAUUUGAUAAUGUGGAAUAAAUGGGAUGA